GCAGCACAGCAUCAUUGUUUCUUUGAGUUCUCAGCAUACAAGGAAAUAACACUUAAUAAAAGCCAAAGUGAGUGGCUGCAAGAUUUCAAGAGAAGGAGAACAGUGCACAGGUGUGAUUUGUGAAUAAACUAUUGGGUGUAAACUUAUGGGAUACUGAGGAAACAAGCAGAAGUUUCACAGCCAUGGACAAGAAGAAGACACAAGACACUUUUCCCCAGCUAAGCCAGGAAAAAAUCCUGAAAAUUAUGAACAUGGUGAAAAAUAAAGAACUGAGCAUUGAAGGAGCUUUGGAUUUGGCACAGAAAGAGAUGUGUACAGAAAUGGAAGGUGCCAAAUCAACACUUCAAAUGGAUUUGCAGGAUUCGGUGCCUGGUCUGCAGUUCAACUUUAGUAUCUACAAAUAUAGAAGAUACAGGUGGCAGAAACGAAUUCUGCAGAUUGAUUUUAACACGAAUACCAUUUUUAACAUUGAGAAAGGAACACUCAAGAAAAAAUUCCCAUUUUCACAAGUGAAAUCAUGUGAAGAUGGUGAGGGGAAACACUUCAACAUUGCAUUUCAUGGGCGUCCGGAUUAUAUACUGGAAACAGUGUCUUUUGAAGAUAAAAGAAAAAUAUUGCACCUUAUGGGCAAAAUUGUUCAGAGCAGUUCAUAUGGGAGACCUGCAGAGUCCUACUUUGGCAGACCCACAGUAUUUGAUGUGAUACAUGAAGGACUUCUGGAUUUGCAGGAAGAUGGUUUGGCAUCUGUGAAAUGGGUGACAUACUUGGUACGGCUACGUGAAGGAGAAUUGAGUUUAUACUGCGUUGGCCACAGUGGAGAAGACAAGAAUGUGGCCACUGUAGCAAAAACGAUUCAUUUGUCAGGUGGCAAUGUCAGCGUCUAUAAAGAGAAUGAAUGCAGUACCUUUACAGUCCAGACCAAAGAACACAAUUAUUUGUUUCGAAUACCAUUCACUGUCCAGAAUAGCAUGGCAGAGGAUGUUAGCAAACUCCAGAAUGAAUGGGUAUCACUCAUUGGAAGGUAUUGCCAGCUGUGGAAGAAUUGUUCACAAGCCGAGGAGGGCUUUGACGAAGGUGGCUCAGAAGAUGAAUAUCAGGAACUUGUGUUUCUGAAUGAGCAGGCAGAAGCCCUCAGUCUCACUGUGGGUUCUGUAGAAGCUGUGGAGAAUAAGUCUUCAGCUCCUCAAUCAACUCCCUCAACAUCAUCAUCAUCUAGUCAACCUCCCACAGUGAAGGCAGGGAUCCCACCCCCACCUGCCUUCCCUCCGCCCUUCAGCCGCUCCCCAGCACUGAAAAGAACAAAAGCUUUUCAUUGGGAUGUUGUUCCUCAGGACAAGAUUCAGAGAUCGAUCUGGGCAUCAUGUGAUCACCACAAGAGAAAAUUAGAUGUGUCUAGACUCUAUGACCAGUUUCAGAUGCAGGAUGUGCUGGUAUCAUCAGGCAACGAACCUUCAGUGAAUCGGGGCAUUAUGUUAAAUAAAAAAAUUGCGCACAACUUCAACAUUUUUCUUAAAAGUUUCCAUAUAAAACCAAGCCAGCUGAAAGAAAAACUGUACAUCCUACAUGAAGAGAAUGGUGGACUUACAGAUGAGCAGAUUGCAGCGCUAAGAAGAUAUCUGCCUACUUCAAAAGACAUGGAGAUGUAUCAGUCCUUCAAAGGAUCUCCUUCUGAGCUUCAUGUGGUUGAUCAGUUUAUGUUAGAGAUGUGUCGAAUUCCAUAUUUAGGCCAAAGGUUGGACCUCUUGCUUACAAUCCGAGAACUUCCAGUGUGUAUGGGCGAUCUGGACCCUCUAAUAAGCCAGAAGAUCCGAGCAUGCAAACAGCUGCAAGUCAGCCAGAGCUUUGUCGCUGUGUUAGAGUACAUCUUAGCUAUUGGGAACUACUUAAAUGAAAAUGCUGGAAGAGAGAAGGCCAAGGGAUUUCGAUUGUCAUCUUUGACCAAAUUAUCUCUGUUGCGGGGGAAGGAGAGGGCAAUCACCUUGCUUCAUGCCCUUGUGGAACAGAUCUUCUUACAUGAGCCUGAUUUGGCUAAAUUUCCUCAGGAGUUGACAGAAUUUGAAGCUGUGCCUGGUGCUUCCAUCAAAGGUCUCAGUGCUGAAGUUGAUGUUUUAAAAAAGGAAUUGGAAAAUGUUAUUCAGUGCAGAAGGCUUAUCAAACCUAAGACAAUCAAGGCAACAACCCGUGACUCUCAGUUCUGCAAAGAACUAAAGGAUCUAAUUCAGAAGUAUGAAGGAAACCUUUCCCAGCUGUCAAAAAGAUGUGAUGAAAUGAAGAAGCUUUAUAGUGACACAUUGGUAAAAUUUGCUGAGCCACAAGAACAAGACUGUCAAGAACUAUUUGGCUGGAUAUCUUUCUUUAUUGGUGAAUUUAAGAAGGCCUCUGCACACCAUAUGUCAUAAAGUUGGCACAACAAUUUUAAGGAAGAAACACUUUUUCUUAAAUUUUGUGCCAUGGAAACUUAUUGCCUUAUGGACCUUAGUGAUGCUUAAAUACCACCCAGGCAUGCGCUGGCCUUCUGCACUGGGAUAACAUUUUCCUGUGUGGAUUUGGUUAAAGCCGAUUCUAUGCAUUUUCACUUCUAAUGUUUUAAAAUUUGACCCUUAAGAUCCUGUAUCCCCUAUGUGCAUAUUCCAGAUUUUGUUUCUACAUUUCAUAUCAAUAUAUGUUUUUGCAGAAAUACAUGUUUUUGUAUACUAAGGUGCUUGGGAUAGCAUCUCAACAUUUCUGUAAAUUCUCUUUUGACCACAUUUCUUUGCUAUCCAGUGUUCUGAAUGAAUUUUAAGCAUCCCUCCCAAGGAAUAAAUUUCUAUGCGAUGGUUUAAUUUGUUG